AUGUACAACAAUCUUGAUCGAGAAUUGACUUUAUUUGAAGUAGUCGGGCCUGUUGUCGGAGUGGACCCGUGGUGUGGCCGAGCUCGGAGUGGACUGGAGAAAAGUGGUGGAGGUGGUGGAAAAUAGUGCUGCUGGUGAUGAUGAUGAUGAUGAUGUUGAUGACGCUGUGGGUUGUGAGAGAGGCUCUGUUCAUAAGAGCUCUCUUUUUCUCUCCCUCUCUCUAUCUCUCUCCCCACCGCAUCGAGAAUUCUGGACAAGCUUCACAUGUCAAUUUCCCUUCGUUGCGUCUACACCUGUCCAGUGCUCUCAAAAGCCAUGUGUAUACUGCAGCUGUUUGGCCAUACGACUCAGCGUGAAUAUUCCCGUCAAGCGCAUCUUCACAAUCGUGAGGUGCAUGUACCUAGGUAGUCAUGGGUCGCCUCCUUUG